AUGCGUAGCACCGCUCUUUCAUCGCUGUCGCAACUAUUCCUUCUGCUGAUCGCAUCUUCGCCGAACCAUGUCGUCGCCGACGGCACCGUCUGGGCAACGCCCCACGAUAGCUACUCCUCCUCAGUAGGCGUCCUCGGCUGCAAGAUCAAUACCGAUCGCGUCGCCUACUGGCCCGGCUCCGUAGACUGCACCAACAUCUGCAUCUCCCUCACCUACGACGACGGCUCCUCCGACGGCAAGCGCACCGUGAAACUCCUCCGAAUUGACCAGUCCCAGGGCGCCUACGACGUCAGCUACGAUGCCUGGAACUACCUGUACACGGGUAAAUCCGCCAAGAAGGCGCCUGUCGCAGGCGGGCCGCUGGCCAUGACAUACAAGGAGCUGCCGGCGGACGACUGCAAGGAGCUCCUCAAGACCAAAAACAAGAAGCUGCCGCUCAGCGCGUCCAACAGCAUGAAUUUCCUCGCCAGCUGCCUCGACCAGCCGGACAGCUGGGUGGCUAAGAACUUUGGGCUGUACAAUACACUGGAUUCGGUCUGCGCAUGGGGAUACGACGAGGAGUGUGAGCUGGAUUGGCCUGCGGCGAACCAGCCCACGUGCAAGCACUCGCUCGGAAUGCCGGUGGAGCUGAAAGAUGCGCCAGUGUAUAACGUGCAGUAUCCCACAGGGGAGGUUGUCGUCGCGUCCACGGGGGAGAAGGUGUCGAGUCCCGGGGAUAGUACCAGCCUGGCGGCGCCAUCGCCGACACAGAACGGGGCCCCGAGCAGGGGCAUGUUGACAUUGUUGAUGGCUGGCUCACUAGUAUGGACGUGCCUCAUGAUAGGUUCAUGCUAA